AUGGCUCAGAGAGAAGCUCAGCAGGACUGUCAGACAGGUUCUGGUUCAGUCUUUGAGAAGGAUCACAUGUCUCUACCAUGUGGACACAGCUCCUGUAAGGACUGUCUCCAAAGCUUCACAGCUGAAGGUAAAUGUCUCUGCUACGUCUGUGUGAUCCAGGGAGGCUUUGAGAGUGGGAAGCUGGAUACUCGACUCAGAAAGAGAAGCAUUGAAGCCCUACAGGUGGCUGUGGAGAGGAUAAAUCACUCUGCUGAUGAAGCUGAAAAGGAGAGCAAGGAGAUCUUCUCAGAGCUGAUGCAGCUCAUGAAGAGGAGACACUCUGAUGUGAAGCAGAAGAUCAGAUCCAGACAGGAAGCUGAGGUGAGGCGAAUGAAAGCGCUUCAGGAGAAGUUAGAGCAGGACAUCACUGAGCUAGAAAAGCUCUCCAGCACAGAAGACGCCCCCCUGAGCCACAAAAUCUGCCCUCUGAGCUUCUUUGAGGACGUGACGGCUUCUGUUUCAGGCAUGAGAGAUGGUGUCAAGGACAUACUGGGGGAACACUGCACUAACAGUGACCAGGCAGCCAUUGAACCCCUCAUGUCAACCUUAACUCUGACACCUGAGCCCAAGACCAGACAGGAGUUCCUGCAGUACUCCUGCGAUAUCACCCUGGAUCCUAACACGGCCCAGGUCCAGCUGCUGCUGUCAGAGGACAACAGAAGAGCCACGUUAGUGAGAGAGGAGCAGGUGUACCCCGACCACGCAGACAGAUUCAUCCGAUGGCGUCAGGUCCUGAGUGCCCAGAGUCUGACCGGCCGCCGUUACUGGGAGGUGGAGGUGAGGACCAAGAGAGUGAACGUGGCCGUGUCCUACAAGGACAUCGGCAGAGCGGGGCCCAUUAACGAAUGUGCGCUUGGAUUCUACAAGCAGUCUUGGUCAAUGGAGUGUAACACCCACAACGGCAAGUUCAUCCAUGAGGGCGUCAAAACUCACAUCCCGGGCCUCCCGUCCAACAGAAUCGGGGUCUACCUGGACCACGGCGCAGGUGUUCUGGCCUUCUACGGCGUCUCUGACACCAUGACGCUCCUCCACAGAGUCCAGACCAGGUUCACUCAGCCUCUCCAUGCUGGACUCUGGCUUGCAGGUUAUAAUGGAGCCUAUGCUGAGUUCUGCAAGCUGACCUUGAGGAGAGACAUUCAGCAGCAAAGCCUUAAUAUCCUUACUGUGGCCUGA